AUGGAAAGCUCUCGAGGUGGAAAAAACAAGGCAGGUGGCGCAGCCAAGGAAGAAGUGAAGCACCGCGGCGUUCGACGUCGGCCCUGGGGGAAAUUCGCGGCGGAGAUACGAGAUCCUUCUCGCAAUGGACAGAGGCUAUGGCUUGGAACCUUUGAGACAGCAGAGGAAGCGGCUCGUGCAUAUGAUAAGGCUGCAUUUAGCUUGAGAGGCCAUUCGGCUAUAUUGAAUUUUCCGAAUGAAUAUUAUUCGCAACUCGCUGAUUGUCGAUAUCAGUCGUCGUCUACGACGAAUAAUUAUGGGAGUUCUUCAUCGAGUGGGAAUAAUCAGAAACAAGUUAUUGAGUUGGAGUAUUUAGAUGAUAGUGUUCUGGAGGAGCUUCUGGAGUCAGAUGAACAGAAGAAACUGAACAAACGUUGA